UCCAUCUACCAACAAGGAGAACCAUCUUAUGUGAAAAGAGGAAUGCCUUCCACUGGCAGCAAAAUGGAUGAGGCGUGGAUCAAUACGGUGAGAGAUCAUGUAAAGUCAGCAUGCCCCAUGGACCAUGCCGACAGCCCAUGCACCAUCUUCAUGGUCCCCGAGCACAUCCGGCAGUUGGCACCUGAAGCCUACAAACCUAUGAUUGUUUUCUUGGGGCCAUUUCAUCACCAGUACCCAUAUGAGAGUUCUGUCAUGCAAGACCACAAGUGGCGGUCUGUCCAACACCUUCUAUCACGUCAUGGGAGUCAAGAGUAUGCAAAUAAAUUGUUGGAUGAGUGCUUGUUCAAGUUGGAGGAACGGGAUGCCGAGGUCCGGAGCUGCUACUCCAAGGAACUCCAUCCAUGGCUGCGUGCGCAACAAUUGGCAUUGAUCAUGUUGCUUGAUGGGUGCUUCAUCAUUUAUCUCAUGCUAAAAAUGAAGGAAUCUACUGAUCAGACAAGGGAAGGGGAGGUGGUUUUAAAUAUUGAGGGGAAGAAAAAACUACCAGAGUACCCAACUGUGGCAGGGCUAUUCACUCUUGAUUUAGUGUUUCAUGAUCUAUUGAAGCUUGAGAACCAAAUUCCUUUCUUCAUCAUCCAAUUGCUAUUCGAUGAGCUCAAACCAUGUGAGGAUGAAAUGAUUGAUCUUGUCGACCUUGGCCUCCAACUCUUCAAGGACAUCCAUCCCAAUGAAUCCAAAUCAUUCAAGAAAAAGUCCCCCAGUGAAUACCAUCAUUUGCUUCAUCUAUUUCAUUCAUCUCGGAUCCCUUCAGAAAAGCUAGUGACAUCCAAGUGGAAAAAGGCAGAAGUUGCUUCUUCGCAGGGAUCAACCCGAGGGACUCCAACAUCUACACCCAAGUGGAUUCCUAGUGCGAUAGAGCUCGAAAGGUGUGGGGUGGAGUUCAAGAAGAAGGAACCGGCAAACAAUUUCUUGGACAUAACAUUCAAGCGGAGGAAGAUAAAGGUCACGCCAUUGUUCUGCCUCUUGAAGUUGUAUUGGAUGUUUAAGAGUGGACGGAUGGAGAUACCACCACUGCAAAUCUAUGACUAUACCGGCACACUCUUCCGAAAUUGCAUAGCUUUUGAACAGUGCUAUUUCGACACUGAGAUGUAUAUCACAGUAUAUGCACUCUUCAUGGAUUGCAUCAUCGACCAAGCUGAGGAUGUGCGGUUGCUUCAUUUGGAAGGCAUAUUGGAACACAAACUGAGCAGUGAUAAAGCAGUGGCAGAACUCUUCAAUAAGUUGGGCUGUCAAAUACACUUUACUUGGGAAAAGAAUUACCUUACAAAUCAGAUUACGAAAAUAAACAAUUUUUGCGACUCCAGAUGGCACAAAUGGCUUGCUGCAUUGAGGCGAGAUUAUCUUGGCAACCCAUGGGCUAUAAUUUCAGUUUUCGCCGCAUUCAUUUUUCUAUUGCUGACCAUUGAGCAGUCAGUAUUUGCUGCUUUAUCCUAUCAUCACUCUUCAUAG